AAUAAAGUCUUUUCUUCUCCUCUUUUGUAACAGGGUUUGCAAUGCCCGGACAUUAAGGGCUGUUCAGCUCUGAUUGGCUGUGUCCACAUGUGCGCAAUUGGUCCAGCGGUGCAGGCACGGAGCAGAAGCAGUGGCCAGACAGAAGAGGGGUCAAGGUGGUCGUAGUGCCGUGUGGUGUGGUAGCUCAUUCCGGUGCGAUGGAGCAGUGCGCGUGCGUGGAGCGAGAGUUGGAGAAGGUGCUCCACAGGUUCGUCAUGUACGGACACCUGUCGGAGGAAAGCCUGGACGAGCUGCUGCGAUACGUCUGCGAACUACGAGGACAGCUGGUCACCUUCGGUGUGCAGGAUGCAGACCUCUCUGUGCUGUCACAAUCCAUGGCGCAGUGCUGUAAGAAUAUCAAAGACACAGUGCAGAUGUUGGCAUCCCGCCACAAGGACAUCCACGGCAGCGUCUCGAAAGUUGGCAAGGCCAUUGACCGGAACUUUGAUGCAGAGGUGAGCGCCGUGGUGGCCGAGACGGUGUGGGACUCCCCGGAGAGGCAGAAGUACCUGAGCGAGACCAUUGUGGAGCACCUGUACCGCCAGGGCAUGCUCAGCGUGGCCGAGGACCUGUGCCAGGAAUCGGGGGUGGUGAUUGAUAUGAGCCUGAAGCAGCCGUUCUUGGAGCUGAAUCGAAUUCUGGAGGCUCUGAGAAUGCAGGACCUCAGACCAGCGCUGGAGUGGGCCGUAGCGAAUCGGCAGAGGCUGCUGGACCUGAACAGCACUCUGGAGUUCAAGCUGCACCGGCUUUACUUCAUCAGCCUGCUGAACGGCGGCAUGGCCAACCAGCUGGAGGCGCUGCAGUACGCCCGCCACUUCCAGCCCUUCGCCUCCCAGCACCAGAGAGACAUACAGAUCCUCAUGGGCAGUCUGGUGUACCUGCGGCACGGCAUCGAGAAGUCGCCCUACCGCAGUCUCCUGGAGACCAACCAGUGGGCGGAGAUCUGCAGCAUCUUCACCCGCGACGCCUGCUCCCUCCUGGGCCUGUCCGUGGAGUCGCCCCUCAGCGUGAGCUUUGCAUCUGGAUGCAUGGCCCUGCCUGUGCUCAUGAAUAUUAAGCAGGUGAUUGAACAGAGACAGUGCAGUGGAGUCUGGACGCACAAAGAUGAGCUACCGAUUGAGAUUGACCUGGGAAAGAAGUGCUGGUACCACUCGGUGUUCGCCUGCCCCAUCCUGCGGCAGCAGACCUCCGAAAGCAACCCGCCCAUGAAGCUGAUCUGCGGCCACGUCAUCUCCCGCGACGCCCUCAACAAGCUCACCAACGCGGGGAAGCUGAAGUGUCCGUACUGUCCCAUGGAGCAGGACCCGUCAGACGCCAAGCAGAUCUUCUUUUGACGCCGUUUUCGGGAAGACAGGAAGCGGAGCGCCCCCUUCCCGCUCCGCCCCGCCCCCGCGUUCAAGGCCCCGCCCUCCUUUUUCUGAGCCGAGGCCGAAGCCUGGCCGGUAGUUUACAGAGACCGUUAGCGAUUAACGAUAGCGGCGUCAUCCGUAGACCAGGUCGAUACGCGUACCUCAUACGAGACCUCCGUUAAACGUGGCCCGCCCCCGUCCGCCACCGCGGGCUUUUUAAAAAAGAAAAUUAUCUCUUUUUUUUUUUCUUUUUUUUUUUUUCUUUCUUUUAACUUUAAUAUCAGAGGUCACUUAGCCUCCAGAGCUCCCUGUCUGCACCCUCCCUGUCUGGCGAGAGUUUGCUGAGAGUUUGAGUGGGUGCCGAAACUUGCCUGUCCAGGGACUUGCUGCUGGAUAACGGGCGAUAUGUAAACAUGGUAAAUGUUCUAUAUAUGGAGUUAAUCUACAUCUAUCAGUUAUUAAGAGAGUGGCCCAUUCCGCCACGGUAUAUCCACAUAUAAGUUAUAUUGAUAGGUAUAAUAAUUCUAUGCUUCGUGGUGAGGUAGUUUAAAAACAAGCUCUCAUAAAAAUGAACAAUGAAAUGACUAUAUAAUACCGGCACAUACGUACAUGCAUGCAUGCACACAUGCAUAUGCACGCGUAAAACACGUACACACCGCAUAUACAUGUAUGCGCAAGCAUGCGUACACACCAACAUGAAGGCCCGCUUCCUCAUUCAUUUUUCAAUACGACUUCCCUGUCGGAAAUGACCACGGGUGCGUUGCCGUGGUUACAGGCAUGAGGAGGACUUGCGAGCUGUUUUUUUUUAGGAAACUUGAGGGUUUUUGGGAUCAAUGAAGUUAUUGACCAGUUGUGAGUUGUGGGGUUUUGGAAGCGAUGUUUCUUGUUCUCUUUGCGUGCGUGUGCGCGUGCGUGUGCGUGUGCUUGUGCAUGGGUGUGCGUGCGCGCGUGUGUGUUUUGAACAAGUAUUUCAAAAGGAAAAUGUACUACUGUUAAAUGUGCUGUAUUUUCAGUUUUCAGUGCAACUGAAUCUGUGUUUAAUCUUUUGUACUUUUGUGAAAGAUAAGACAAAUAUAAUGCUGUCAGAUCGGUAGAAAGUUUAGUGUUCAUUACGGCAAGAAAGAGGAAGACCAUACGCGUUUAUAUCGUCGUUGUAGAGAUGAGAUUUACGGAUCCUCUAGGUGCAGGAAGAUGCGUGAACCCCUGCCUGCCCUCCGUACUGCCCCCGCCCAGUUUUCCACUGAGUGGGCGUCGGCCUCACUCAGUGGGUGUGUCCAAACUGCGGGCGUCGCCCUCCCUUUGGCGGUGUGGUGGUCAGGACGAGCAGCGCUCAGCUUGUAGCAUUGGUAGUGCUUGAAUGGAAUUAGCUCUCAGGUGUCUCGCUGUUUUCUCAUGUGUUUCUCUCGUGUUUCUCCCAGAUCCCCCCCCCCCCCCCUCACCUCGUCUCUGGUUCGCUGUUGCUGUGAUUUGGUUUUAUUGUUUUCUGUUUUUUUGGCACAGUCUGCCCCGGGCUUAUUUUAAUGUGUUUCUGCUUGUGCUCCUCCCCGGUUCCAGGCGGUGUGCUUUCAAAUAUGUUUAGUUUGUCUCAGGGCAGUUUUUUCCAUGGGCUUGGAUGCGCACAACAUUUUGCAUGGUGUUGUGGGAAGUCGAGUCGUUCAAGAAAAAGUAGGACAUGAUCCUUUGGAAAGGUGAAUGCUUUUUACCCCUAUCUCCCGGUGCGCAGUCAGUCUUACUGUAUAAGGACUUUGAUAUGAAAACUGUGAGAACAUUUUUCCCAACUGCGUGUUCCAGAGGAUCACCCCUGCCCUGUGCUGCAGGUGCUGCAGACUCGAAUGUCGCUCAUUAUAAAGCUGCAUGAGGCUCAAGUUCCAGCAGCAGCCAAUGAGAGAGAGGCUGGAGGGGCGGAGCCUUGCUAUCAUCUCUAGACAGCUAGAGCGUUUUUUUUUGUUUGUUUUUUUUUGUAGUUUGACAUAGUUGAAGCAAGUACUGUGUUGCUUGUGGCUAUGAGUGGUGCAAAGAGGGGGAGUGACUGUCAGUGUGAUUGUGCACAUAAUUUGGAGUUUACACCCCGCCCACAAGGUACAGUCGAUGUGUCCAUCCAUAAGGUAUCCCUCACAUAAUCUGUAACCCCACCCACACGUACUGGGCCUUCUUAUUUCAAAAGGGCAUUACGGCAUUGUGACAUCACAGCAAGAAGGGGCCAAUGGGAAAGCUCCAGGCCCUCUGUGUGCAUGAGGGUCAUACCUUCUUGUCUUUAGAAGAGCAGGAACUCACAGCUUGCUUUUCCAAGUAACAUUAAGGGAGUUGUAGGGGUGGUAGUUCAGUGUGUGCGUGUGUGUGUACAAGUGUGUGAGAGAAUGGAAUGGGUGUGUGUUCUCCUGUGUUUCCUGUGUUGGCUGAUUUUAUUUUUGGGCAUAUUACUUUGUUAGACAAUCUGUUAUUACAGCACCAUGUGCUCACCUGGCAGUUACCUCUCUGGCCUGCCAGUUCUUCGCUGAGCAUCUAUACCAGCUCUACAGAACAAACUUGCAUUUUCCCGCUAACAGUUAUGUUGAUGCAAUUUUUAUUGUAAAUAAUGUAUCCUUUAAUAGUACAGUAAGUUUCAUUUUACACCUGCAUCUUAAAAUAAAACUUUGUACUUCAAAA